CCAUACAUUCGCACCAGCAGGACAUUAUGAGUGCGUGACCUACCACACUUCUUGUUGCUUGCAGCCACCUUGUAGCCAGGCGGGCACGUGCAGGUGAACUCGCUGCUAGAUUUCCCUUGGCACUUGCCAGGGAAGCAGGGGUCGCUUCCGCCCUGCAGCUGAGCGCAUGCCGACGACGACGCAGCCCGCUGCUGGCCAUCUGCUGGAACGUGGCACCGAGCACGGUCAUGUUUAGAAAAAGCAUCGUUACGUGUUUAUGAAACCGCUUUCCAGCAGACGCGCGCUGAGGAGUGGCUGGGGUACUGCGCGCGGCGAUUUCCGCCACAUACCUGCUGCUGCCGCGAGCAGUGAACGCCCCGCUGACACAUGUGGAAUGAUGGUGAAGGCCCAGACGAUAAGCAUGCUCGCUAUGACGGGCCCGCAACGGGGUGCCCUUGCCAUUAGCAAUGGUGGCGACAUUAUUACUGCGGCUGCUGAUAUGGAGCCCCUGUGGACAGCGCCUGACUUCUCUAGGUGGCAAAAUCUCACGUUGGUGCGAAAGGGAAUAGCCGGAGACCAGGCGCUGCGCCCAUCCACCGCGCACAUUAAGGAAUUCAUGCGCAGCCUGCCGCUGCGCCCGUCAGAUCAGCGGGCCGUUCUGUUGUAACGAGCGCGGACUGCGGUUCACAUGAGAUGGAGCGUGGCUAUCACAUGCUUCGUGCCGCAUCCACGAAAGGUCAUUGCUUGGGAGACAUUAACUGGUAAUGUGCUGGCCGAAUAACUGCGAAAUCCGAUGGCCGAGCCGUUCUCAUCCGGUACACCUGCGCCUGUUUGGUGGAGGAUAUGUACAGUACGCAUCAUCAGGCAAGAAUGCUGCUGUUGUCGCGCACCCCGUGUCUUGAAGGUAGGUCAACAGCCACGCCAACAGCCAGCCGCAGGGGAAGGCCUCCCCUGUGGACCUGCGUGAUAACGCACGUAGGCGCACGUACGUGCCGGAGGUUGCAGGUUCCCGAACGAGCAAACCUCGAUACCCGCCAAAGCGGAGUGAAGUAGUUAGCAUCUGGGAAAUGGUGCCGUUUACGAACGGAAAAGAAACUUAGCCCGUGACUUAGCCCAUGUAUGAGCUUGAUGGGGAUGUCGGCAGACCUCUGGCCUGUCGCGCCUUGUUGUGCGUGGGUGCUGCCGCCAAAAGACCUAAACGAGAUGAGGGGUGUUACGUGGCGGUGGGGCUUGCUUUGGCGGGCUUCAGCUUGGCUUCGACUCAUGUGCAGCACACAUUGAAGCGCGCUGCCGACUGGUUACGGAGCCUCAACGGCUUCAGUUCUCGACCAGCCUGAUCGUGGACGCACUGGCAAACACUGACACACUCCCAGCAUCCUCAAUUUGUUCUCAGGAGUUCGAGCGUGCGCUGGAGCAGUUCGAGCUACAGGUCGCAGAACUUGUAUUUAGCGUCCCAAGGCAGGCACCGGUGCCACACGCCUCGGCCAACGAGGCACAGACCGCCGCACCCGCGGCGGAGCGGCGGCCCCACGACCUCGCAGUGCUGCGGGUACAGGUGGAGGAGCAACGGGCUGCGCUGGAAGCCGUCAAACGCUCCCUCGCCCGCGUGGGGGAUGCGGCCGCUGUGGACGAGAGCAAGAUCCUGCUGAAGUCUGUCAGCGGCGAGCUGCUAGAGCGCAUCCGGGCGUCCGGGAACCUAGAGGCGGUUGCUAGCACGAGUGGGACGUCGGUGAGCGGGCGCUAUGUCCGUGCGUGGCAAUCGGCAGGGCGGGAGGUGUGGAACGUCGUGGUGAUGGUGACGCCCCAGGAACGCAGCGCAUUGAUCAGGGCCGCACGCCUGGUCCGCAGCACAGGUGUGGUGGUGGCGCCUUACCUGACGUCCGUAGGGUGUGCACUGCGCAAGGAGCAACUCGGAGCUUUCGAAGGGUUUCGAGCAGCAGGGCUGAAGCCCCGAUGGAAGGGAGGGGCGGGCAUUCGGUGCCGAGGCACCUAAUCACCUAGGCUGACGGGCUAGCAGUUGACGUAGUUGGCAUUGAGUAGUACAGUCGAACACGCCUAACUUCGUUGCGCAAAGUAAGUUUCCCGGCGUUAUAAGGGCCCACCGGCCCGGGCCACUGGUACUUACGGGGACAGGAUAGCACGCAUGCUCGUGCACACCACCUUGUAACCAACAACAACA